AACGGGACGCACGAUGCACUUGCCCUUCCAGCUGAUAUUGUGCUCAUUAUUGUCUCUCCAAAUCUCGACAGCAUCACCAUUCAUCGCUAAAAGGGAUGCUGACUUCGCAAGCGUGCGAACACGACUGGACAGACCUCGUGUCAAACAAGACUCGAAGCACCCAAACAAAUACUUCCACGAAAGUAGCUUCCACAUGCACUACGACGGCCGUUUUGCAGACCAGCAGCUGAAAUACGAUGCCAAACAUCUGCACCUCACAGCCUUGAUCCAGGCAUAUCUGUCAACGAUGAGUGAUAUUGGCAUCGAAACGUGGUUGAUGCAUGGCACGCUUCUUGGCUGGUACUGGAAUCGAUUGGUGCUCCCUUGGGACUCUGAUAUCGAUGUCAUGGUCUCAGAGAACUCGAUGCGCUUCUUAGCCGCCUACCACAACAUGACCAUGUACCGCUGGAAAGGUACAGCUUACCAAGAGAUUCACCACUAUCUUCUCGAAAUCAACCCACAUUGCAAGGAGAGUGGUUACGACAAAGAGAACAAAAUUGAUGCUCGCUGGAUCGACACCAAUACCGGGAUUUUUAUUGAUAUUACCACUCUUCGAAGAAACAGAACCGCAGCGACUGCCAGUGACAGCGACAACGACAGCAACAACGACAGUGAAAGCGACGACAGCAAAGAUAUGAUGAUGGUCAAAGACGGCCACUCCUACACUUUCGACGACAUUUUCCCUCUACGAGACACAGUCUUUGAAAACACUUCAGCACUUGUACCGUAUGCAUAUGCAGAUAUUUUGGCGAAAGAGUAUGGCAAUCAGGCAUUGUCUGAUGUGUAUUAUGAAAAACAUUACUUUGAUGUAAAGCAGAGCGCAUGGGUGCCCCAGAAAUUAGCAAUACUCAGUAACGGAGGCGAUAGUAAUACGUCUACAUGA